AUGGAAUGUAAAAAUCAAACAGUCAUCAAGGAUUUCAUCCUGUUGGGGUUUAGAAAUAUCCAGGAUAUAAAACAUUUUCUCCUCUUGGUCUUCUUGGUGGUCUAUCUAACAACUGUGGGGGCAAAUAUCCUCAUUAUUGUGCUGAUUGUGGCGGACCGAAAUCUUCACACACCCAUGUAUUUCUUCCUGGGGAAUUUAUCCUGCUUGGAGACCUUGUACAGUUCAGCAAUUUUGCCCAGAAUGCUGGUUAGUUGGGUAUCUGGAGACAGAACGAUUUCCAUCAGUGGAUGUUUCACACAACAUUAUUUAUUUGCAUCUCUGGCAGCUGUUGAAUGUUAUCUCCUUUCUGCAAUGUCUUAUGAUCGAUAUCUGGCUAUAUGUAAACCUCUUCAUUACGUGUCCUUAAUGAAUGGCAAAUUAUGCCUCCAGAUGGCAGCUGGGUCUUGGGUCACUGGUUUUUUUGCUAGCACCAUCACACUAGUAUUAAUGUUAAGACUAGUUUUCCGUGGUCCUAAUGAGAUUAACCAUUUCUUUUGUGAUUCCUUUCCUAUUCUCCAGUUGUCUUGCAGCAACACUUUUUUCUUAAGAACACUGAUUUUAUUUUUUGUAACUGUGUUCACCCUUCCCCCAUUUAUACUAACCAUAAUGUCAUACACAUACAUCAUUACUGCCAUCCUCAAAAUCCCAUCCACCACGGGAAGGCAAAAAACCUUUUCUACCUGCUCCUCUCACCUCAUUGUGGUGACAAUUUACUAUGGCACAAUAGCAGCUGUGUAUGCUAUACCAGACUCCAGCUCUCUUGAAGAUGUAAGUAAAGCUUUUUCUGUCUUCUACACUAUCCUAACACCUCUGGUCAACCCUCUCAUUUAUAGUCUAAGAAACAAAGAUGUUAAGGAAUCUCUUCAGAGGUCUGCAAUCAUAGCAUGGGUCAGAACGCUGGCAAGGAAUCAUAAAAAUUAA